UAGGCGUCAACUCACUCUUCAUAAGACGUAGAAUCACCUCUCUCUAGCACCUCACAAAGGCUGGUUGGCCUCUGGCAACGGGCCUUCUCGCGGGGCCGUCCUGCGUGUUAGUUACGGCAUCAGUCACAAAAUCGUGUCUUACUGGGAGAAUUUUGCAUUAAGUGUUAGAAAGGAGCCCUGCUUUCCCGGCAAUCACAAUGCCAACCCCGGACUCUCGACACAUACUUGAGUAGGCCACCAAGCUGAUUGAGGCGUGGUGUAUAGACUUCGGAGCACUCAAAUCUCCGCAUGAGGCGUACCAAGAGCAGGUGGCGGCUGCGAGAGUGAAUAUCGACGAGGUGUUCGACAGUCUGUCUACUUAUACUAAACCUUCCAUCUAGUUAGCACUUCAGAAACAGCUUACCGAAUACUAUGACCGGCUAAGGGAACUGCAACUGAACCACGAUAGGACGAUAGGACAGCAACAGGAACGCUAUAGGGAAACCCUCAAUGCCGCUAUGAGGCAGCUCUGUGACAAGCUGAAUACGGUAAUUGGGCCAUGCAAGACAUUGAAACCUUUCCCGAAAGUCGCAAAUCCACAAUCCAACCAAGGUCAGACUAUCAGUUCAUCGGACAGCCCGGAGAGAUGCAACCCGGUGUUCAACGUGGAUACGCAAACGGACUUGGAGCAGAGCGUCAUCUACGUCUGCGUGCAUGGCGAGGCACAGUGUCUGGAUUCCGUCCCUAGUAGACGGAAACGCCGCCAUACUAGUCGAGUAUAGACCUGUGGAAGGCCAGAUAAGAUAAUAAAAAAACACACUUUAGAGAACCAAAGUCGGCCUGAUAAGGUUAGACCAUGCGAUAAUGGUCGAAAGCGGCAAAGAAAGUCUGCCAUGGAGGGAGUUGAACCAGUCUGUAGGCAAAUAUGCCUUAUAUUUCGGAAGAAGCUAAAGCAAUGGCUAGCUGCCCUCGUC